UUCCAACCUCGUUAUAAAUGAUAGACUGGUGUAGCAGCCUAACUAGUGCACCUAUUUUAUUUGACACUUGUUUAAUGCAUUUCGACUGAAGUGUUGUUGGAGAAGUUCUUGAAGCCAGUCUAUAGUCAACAACACACAUAAAAGGUGAUUGACGUGACCAAUUUUGCUGAUGCUAUUGCGCGUGUCUCUUGCCUGUUCUCUCCGGUCCCAACCAGUCAUCGUUUGGUUGGUAGCUCGCAGUCAGCAUCAGCUGAUUACAUCAUCAGUCUUGAAGUUCUGCCGUAGCUUGUCGAUGCAAGGGUAAUUUGUUCCAAAGAGGCAAACGUCUCCUGCAAGCCCUGAAAGUUAAAGAGCAUAGAGUGAUGUCACUAUGUUAACUCUGUGUUAAUUAAAGAGGCAGUACAGUCAGUAAUUGACCAGUAACAAUUACACCACAAUGCUUCUCAGUAUUCUGUCUGUGGCCACUGCUGGUUUGAGCGGCUUGGCAGCCAUUUUAGUGCUUCGAGCCAUCACGGCAAAGUCCAAGCAACCCAAACCAUCCGGACUGUCUUUGGACACCACACAAUUUGAUGGCAACAGAAAGAUUGUGACCAACUUGCAAGAAGCCAUCAGGAUUGAGACAGUCUCUCGAAAGCCAGGUGACAUAAACUACAGCGAAAUUUUGAAAUUUCAUGCUUUCUUGCAAAAAGUAUUUCCAAAGGUCCACAGCUCUCCAUUAGUGACGAGAGAAGUGAUUGCAUCUUACAGCUUACUCUACACAGUUGAAGGUUCCAACCCCUCUCUGAAGCCCUAUAUUCUAGCAGCCCAUAUUGAUGUAGUGCCUGUGGAUGGGCAAGAUUGGGAUGUACCACCAUUUGAAGGGAGGGAACAGGAUGGAUGCAUCUAUGGGAGGGGCACCAUCGAUGAUAAACAUUCAUUAAUGGGGAUUCUGGAGGCUCUGGAAUCUCGGCUGGAGAGACAGGAGAAGCCUGUACGAUCAAUAUAUCUAUGCUUUGGUCAUGACGAAGAGGUAACAGGAUUGGAUGGAGCAGCCAACAUUGGCAAGACGCUUCAAGAGCGAGGUGUGCAAGCUGAAUUCCUAUUGGAUGAGGGAUAUACCAUCUUGCAAGAUGUCAUCAAGCAUGUCCAUCGACCUGUUGGUCUCAUUGGGGUAUCUGAGAAGGGCCAUGCAACUCUCAGGCUAAGUGUAGACACUGCCGAGACAGGUCAUUCUUCCAUGCCUCCCAAAGAGACAAAUGUUGGAAUCUUAGCCAAGGCAGUGUCCAAACUUGAAACAACACCAUUUCCCAGCAUGUUUGGGUCUGGUGUGGAAUAUGACAAUUUUGUCUAUCUAGCAUCAGAGGUGGAGUACCCUAUCAAGUUGGUGUUUGCAAAUCUUUGGCUGUUUAAGAAGAUUGUAGAAAGAAUUAUGCAACAGAAGGAGAGCACCAGAGCAAUUUUGCACACCAGCACAGCUAUUACUGUAUUCAGGGGCGGUGUUAAGGUAAAUGUGUUACCUCCAUCUGCCUCGGCUAUCGUCAAUCAUCGUAUUCAUCCAAGUCAAACUAUUCAACAAGUUUUAGAACGUGAUCGGCGUCUCAUCAAUGAUGAUCGUAUUAAGAUGGAGAUCCUUCAGAGUCGAGAGGCAACCAUUACUUCUCCCUAUGAUGAGCAGUGUUUUGCCUAUCAAUCCAUCGGUCAGAGCAUUCAACAGGUUUUCCCAGAUGCUAUUGUUGCUCCAGCUAUACUUCUGGCCAACACUGAUACUGUCCACUACACCAGCAUCACCGAUAAGCUGUAUCGUUUCUGCCCAACAUUUAACCUGCCAGAAGACGUUCCACGAUUUCAUGGAGUGAAUGAGAGGAUCCGGAUUUCUAAUUAUGAGCAAGUUGUAAAAUUCUACUACAUUCUAAUGCACCAUGCUGACAGGGAACAGCUCUAAAACACAAAUUUGGGAGAAAUUAUGCCUUGGAAAACAACCUUUAGGUAAGACCUAAUCUUGAGUAUUGUUUAAAGUCCUGUAACAGUAAAAUCCUGGUAUUAAAUGCUGAGGUUUUUAUAUCCCCUACCCACAAUGGUGCCCCCCAGUGCCCCCCGGUGCCCCCUUAGGCUUGAAUUCUGAUGGGGUCAUUCAUUGCUCAUUAUUUUGUCUUAUUGAAAUCCAGAAAUGAAGGGCAGUCGUGCCUCUACACCUCGAGUACAUACAUGACAUUUAGGUUGAAAAGGUAAAAAGUGCAACAGACAGUUUGAAUAUAUCAUCACAUAUCUAAUGAACCAAUAAUUAUCAAGUAUCACCGUUUUCAAGUAAAACAUGCUUUCAGUUUAAGCAGUUAUUGCCUGCUUGUUUUCAAUAUUGAAUUCAAACCUCUUUUCAUCACUGUGUACAUGUAUAAAAGAUACAAAAUUGGUCUUAGAAAUCAUUUCCUACUCUGUAUUUUUGGCUCUAUGAACAAUACUUUGUUUGAAUACAGCUAUCAAAGCUAUUUGCUAGUUUGUGAGAUAAAAUCUGAAAAUUACCAAAAUGAUUGAUUCGCCAGUUCAUCAGAUAUGCGACAAUUUGAGUAUUUUUGCUUUAUAAAGGUGCAUUGUUCAGAUGUUGUAAUCAUGAGUGAAGAUCAGAAGAUUGUCAAGGUGAACUAAAUUGAAACUUUAUUUUGAAAAAAUUGGCAGUGCAAAAUAAUACAACAGGCUGGGAUGAGAUCUUUUAUGGCAGGAGGGGAUAAAUGUAGACCAAAAAAUGCACAGUUUAAUCUGGGGUUUGUUCUUGAUACUAAAAAAUUCCUGAUAAAAAUACCUUUUUUAUUGAUGUAAAUCAUUAUUGUAUACUCUUAAGGAAAGCGUCUAUGCAUUGAAGAUACUUUAACAGAUUUCAGGGAUGUAAAUAGUAAAUCAUGUUUACUUUUUAUCAUGAAUCAAGAAGAAGAUAUAUCAGAUGUAGAUACAUUGAAACAAUUUUUAAUGUAGGGUUAUUCCUUAAAUUUAAUGAUAAAAGGAUAUUUUUAUUGGUUUAUGAAAGCAUUCUGUGCUCUGAGGAAAGCAUAAACAUAUUUCCAGGUUGCAAACAAUAAUGUUAUUUUUGUUAAUAAAUGUUCUUAAAAUGUUUCUUGAAAUGGAAUGUUGUAGGUAAUGUAAUGUUGGGGAGAAUCCUGGAGAGACCAGCUUCUUUACUUAUGCAACAAAAGAUCUUCCUUUUUAUUCUGCUGAUCAUGGUAUGUAAUCUAGAAAGCAGUGCUUUCUCAUAAGUCGUACAAUAACCUGGUUUGGAUUGUAGAAUUUGAAUGUCUGUUAGUAUUUAAAUGUUUGAUUCCCAAAUCCAAGGACACCUGUUGUCAGGGAAUUCCAGUUCUAUAAAGUUGUCUUUCUACAUACUGAUAGAAAUAAAGAGCAUUUUGUAUUGUAACAUGAUCUGCGAAUCCAACUUGGACUUCGGUUUCAAAAACCAGUCUAGAUAUUGUAAACUCCUCUUCAUUUUACUAUUUGGUUAUACAUUGGUCAGAAUAGUUACACUUUGACUCCUGCUUACAUUAUGUUGGUCUUUGUUAGUUGACCAUUGCUAUGGUCAUUAAGUUUCAGAUUUUCGAAAGAUGUACUUUGGCUGAAAAUUUUAGUUCUUGGCUUUGCAAAUUUUGAGAGGCGCAGUUUCUUGAGAAGUAGACAAUUAUUUUCAAGGUAACUGGACUGAUGGUGUUUGGCCUACUUAUCUCCACUGGUAGAAACCAGUUCAUAUGCCACCGCUCUUUUACAUUUUGAAAUUAGUGGAGGAUGCACGUUUUUACAGAAAAUCAGAUUUUUGAGGUAUAAAAACUGUGGGACAGGCCAGCCAAGUCUUUGUUGUUCAAGAAGUAAUCAUGCAGUUUGACUUUGGUGUUUUUCUUGUCAUCACUCAGAAAAGGUUUUCCAUAUCACCACAGAGUAGCAUAAGUGUGCAGUUGUACUAUUCGUUUUUUGGGGGGGAAUAAAAUGUGCAUGAAGUGCAAAGAGUGUUUAUGCCCCCAACCAUCAAUGUUGCCACUUUGGGCUUAAAUUCUGAAAGGACUAUUUACUGCACUUUAACAUUGUGUUAAAUUCAGACGGGUGGCAAUCGUGCCUCUGCACGUCUUUUGCUCAUGUAAUAUUUAGCUUGAGAAGGUAAAAUGUGCAACA